GGAAAAGAAGAAGGUCAAGGAACAUAUUAUGUAGGGAAAUAGAAGCAAAUGUGAAAAGAAUGAAUAACAAGUGGAAAUAGCGGGAGCCGAGGACAAGGUUUGAUGGAGAGUGAUGGUGAGUGGCCUAUGUUCCUCCACGAAGUAAGUAAGUAUGAGAAGAUGAGAAUUUAUAAAAAAAAAUAACAUUAAGAUGAAACUCUUGCCAAAUACUCUUUGAUUUACAGUUAUACUUCAAAUGAUGUUCCAAUUCUGUUGGAUUGUGUAACCGUUCUUUUCUGUCUUAAAAUGAUGUAGGCUUUUGGAGCUGUUGAAUCAAUGAGUGAUCGUAUCUGUAUUCAUUCUAAAAGUAAAAUCUCUGUAGAAUUAAGUGCUGUUAAUCUAUUAAGCUGUUGUACAAGAUGUGGUCUUGGUUGUAAUGGUGGUAUUCCAGGAAUGGCAUGGGAUUAUUGGAAAUAUGAAGGUAUUGUUACAGGAGGAUCAAAUGAAACACAUACAGGAUGUCAACCAUAUCCAUUCCCUAAAUGUAAUCAUCAUUCAAGUACAAAAAGUUAUCCACUAUGUGAAAGUCAUUAUUAUGCAACACCAGAAUGUCAUAAAACUUGUCAAGAUGAUUAUCAUAAACCCUAUAAAAAAGAUAAAUUUUAUG